AUGGGUUGUUUCGGUAGCAAAGACAAGUUGUCCAAAGAGGACAUGGACUUCUUAAAAUCCCACACCAGAUACGACGAAGCGACCAUUAAAGAAUGGUACAAAGGUUUCAAACAAGACUGUCCAAAUGGCCGUUUAACACCAGCGAAAUUCGUGGACAUGUACAAAAUGUUCUUUCCAAGCGGUAAUGCCGAAGAAUUCUGCGAUCACGUAUUUCGGACAUUUGAUAUGGAUAAAAAUGGUUACAUAGACUUCAAAGAGUUUCUAUUAGCCAUAGACGUCACGUCGUCCGGUACACCGGAGGAAAAACUAAAAUGGGCAUUCAGAAUGUAUGACGUGGACGGCAACGGAGUCAUCGAUAUUCAAGAGAUGACGAAAAUCGUUCAGGCCAUCUACGAUAUGUUGGGUGCGUGUUCAUCUAAUCGUCCAGCUGACUCGGCAGAAGAUCGGGCUAAAAAUAUAUUCGCCAAAAUGGAUGAGAAUAACGACGGACAGUUGACCCAGGACGAAUUCCUUAAAGGCUGUUUACAGGACGAAGAGCUAUCCAAGAUGCUCGCGCCAUAA